AUGACCGGUUCGCGAGGCCGCGGAAGCGUCGGCGCGUUUCGCGCGCGGAGCCACGGCGUGGCGCUGCUGUCGCUAGUCGCGGUGAUCGCGCUGGGACCUAUUCUUCCAGUCGCGCCGUCCACCGACGCCCCGACGCUGCACGGUGCGGACCGACUGCGCACUCAUCCAACGGCUACCAGUGAACCGUCUGAGCCAAUCCAGAAUCACUCGUUUCCCCUUUCGUUCUUCGUACCUCUCCUUAGUAGCACCCGCAUUCGCAAAUAUCACCUACCCCACUUGACCCCGUGUCCCGCGCCUCCUCUUCUACCUCCCUCCCCCCCCCCCCUCUCCCCGUCCCUCCCCAUUUCCCAUCCCUGUCCCUCCCUUUUUUCGUCCCCGCGCGCCCCCCUUCCCGUUCCAGAGUGCGACACGUCGGACCCGCUACACUCGCCGCUCGCGCGCUCCGCUGACCAUACACACCGCUACCACCGCCCGCCGCACCUGUGCUGGAGCAAGGCGGAGUUCCCGUGCUACGCGGGCAGCCAUGGCAUGGCGGAGCGGUCCGAGACGCUCAAGCGCAAGCUGCGCGCGUACCACGAGUACCGGCGCGACUGCGACGCGAAGGAAAACAUCACAUCAUUAAAGACGAAGCUGCGCGUGGGGAACGCAACAGAGUGCAAGUACCUGCUAUGGCACUUCAAUCCCGGCGACGGGCAGGGGAACCAGUACAUCUCGCUCGUAUCCGCGUUUGUGUAUGCGCUGUUAACGAACCGGGUGUUUCUGCUGCUAACGGGGCGCGGUCCGGGGAAGCUGAUGUGCCAGCCGUUCGAAGGCGCGCCGUGGUUUGUGUUCUCAGACGUGAAGGGCGAGCUGUGGGACGCGGAGGUGCUGCAUAUAAAGCUCUCGUAUCCGUACUUCCAAGAGCGCGUCAAGGCCAUUGACAACGGCACCAGUGACACCAUGCCUGUACCCAACGUAGCCAACAUCAUUCUGCAGCACAACAUGGCCAACACGAGCAUCUUCUUCUGCGAAUCCGAGCAGCAAUGGCUCGCACGCGUGCCCUCCCUCCUGCUCCGUGCAAAUCAAUACUUCCUCCCAGCCUUAUUCUACCGCCCCUCCUUCCGCCGCCACAUACGUGACCUCUUCCCCUCUGGGCGCAUCUUCCAGACCGUCUCCCAGCUCAUCAUGUUCCCCAACAACCGCCUCUGGGCGGCCAUAACGGACAACAUUCACCGCCGGGCGGCGCCGGCCGCGGCCCGGGUGGGGCUGCAGCUGCGGCAGAGCAGCGAGGGGAUUAUGUCGCAGGCCGCAGAGUGCAUCGUGCAAGUCAUGCAGGGGGAUGCAGUGGCGCAGGCGCGACGAGAGAGGGAGAAAGGGGAGGGGGGGGGAGAGGCUAGGGGAGAGCCUGGUGGGGUGGGGGCAGUGGGAGGAGGUGUGGGGGGAGUGGGUGAGGGUGGUGCAGCGGUGGGCAGUGGAGGGGUAGUGAAUGGGACGGGGGAAGCGACGGCGUAUGGAAUGGGUGUGGCGUCUGAGGAAGGGACUUCUGCUGCUCUUGCAAUUGCUCGGGCUUUAGAAGUAGGGGGCGCGCCUGCUGCUGCUGCUGCUGCCGCUGCUGCUGCUGUUGGCGGAGAGAGUGGCAGCACGAGUGACAGUGGAGGGGGUGUGAGUACAUCGGGCAGCUCUACAGUUGUGCUCAUUGCUGCUCUGAAUGAGUUUGCCCCGUACAACCUCUCCCUUCUGCUCUUUCCCAAUGCUUCGUCCCCCCCUCUCACGUACACCAAGAUUCUACAGCACGCCAUCAUAGACAUCUACACAGUCGCCCUCGCCUCUGACGCUAUCCUUGUCUUCCCCGCCUCCACCUUUGGAUACCUCCUCUCCUCGCUCUUUGCCCGCCCCUCCUUCUUUGUUGCCAAGACCUGCCAGGCAGCCCCCUUGGAGCCGUGCUAUCACCACCCACCCCAGCCGCACCAGUGCCCUGGCGGGGGGCUGCUUGUGGGAGGGCCGCCGUUCAAUGAAUCUGACCCGGAGCUCCCGUUUGGCAGGUGUCCGGAUGCAUCGAAUGGGCUCUUGCUGUUGUAUGGGAGACCACCAUCUUAG